UCUGCAAUUCAGUACGCGCGAAGCUACGUAUACAGUUAAGAUUAUGGUGGUGCGUGAUAGGAGAUAGUAGAGUAUAAAUCCACGCACACUGACGAUGAAAUCAUUUCGUCGAACGUUGGCCGAAGGCGAGCCCAAGCCCAAGGAGUUGAUGUCGGUCGAGCUGGACUCGAUGGUCAGCCACUCGGAGGAGUCGAGAGAGCAGCAUGGGGAGACAAUGACGCCGCCUGGUUCGCCCCCGCGCCGCCUAUUCGGACGCUGCGAGUCGGCCGAGUCGUCCAGCUCGACCGACUCCUCCAGCGGCGUGAGCAGUGGCAGCCCGUCGCCGCCACCCAGCAUCCCCGAGACAUCGUGGGAUCCGCGGCUUAACUUGAAGUCGGCGCUGCACCGCAUGCUCACUUUCCCGGUCAACUUGGACCUGAAGCUGCGCCUGGACAUCGCCUCGCUGGCUGGCGUUGGCUUCUUCUGGCGGGAUGGCCGCCUUGAGUGCUUCAAGUGCGGCCUCCAGGAGGGGAUCAUCGGCUGGCAAGACCUAACUCGUCACCAAAUCCAGAUCAAGCACUACGACUGCACGCAUCCCUGCGAAGACGACAUCCCGGAAACUCGCCGGUCUACUUUCUACCACUACGAGGCCCACCGUCUCCUCUCCUUUUAUCAGAAUAGAGGAUGGGAUUGUACAUUCGUGGAGCCAGCUGAGCUAGCCAAGAACGGCUUCUACUACACUGGUAGAGGCGACGUGUGCAAAUGCCACUUUUGCAAGCUGGAGGUGAACAACUGGGAGGCCGGAGACACUCCCGCUGGCGAGCACCAAAAGUGGAACAAGGACUGUCCAUUCCUGAUGGGCCGCCCAGUCGGAAACUUUGAAUUGGGAGGCGAAGUUGUCCAGAAGAGGGAGACUCCGCCUAGUCUCGAGAUCCGACCCUUCGCCAGGGCAGAAAACGAUCAACGUCCGUGCUUGAAGCCCGACAUAAUCCCAAGAACCCUCAACGGUGAUCACAGUGUCUAUCCUGAAAUGAAAAGCGAGGAAGCCCGCCUGAAAUCUUUUACAAACUGGCCGGCGGACAAGAAGCAGAAGCCGAAAGACCUUGCAGAAGCUGGAUUCUUCUACAGGGGCGACGGCGACGAGUGCAUUUGCUUUGAUUGUGGCGGUGGACUUACCGGCUGGGAGGACAAAGACGAGCCAUGGGUUAUGCACGCCAAGUGGUUUUCAGAGUGCACCUACCUUCGAAAGCAGCAAAGUUCCUCCUUCAUCACCGCCGUUAACAGGGUGCACAAGCCAAUCCUGUCAUUGAAGGAUUUCCAGGAAGCUCUUAAGAGAACGAGUGAAGAACUCGAGCAAAGAAAAAAGUUGGCAGAGUUGAACUUUAAUUCGCAGCCUGUGUGUUAAAAUUAAGACCGCGUCGACUCAAUCUUGUCAGACGAAAACCGGAUUUGCCAAGAAAAUAUACAAAGAAAAGCGCUGCUAGGGAGGAAAAAUGUUCUUCACUGCACUUAUCGGAUUUUUCUUUUUAACUUUAUUGCUGGGAAUGCAACUGGAAUGUGCGUGCAAAUCGUGUCCUUGCCGCAGCAAGAGGAUCGUUCACUCUCCGCCUCCUGAGACGGCCACCUCCCGCCACUGCGGAAGUGGCGGAGACGCUGCUUCCGGGGGUGCCUCCUCGGACGCCUCAUCCUCUUGGCUCUCCUCGGGAAUUGUCUCGGAGUCGGACAGCAGCGAAAUGGAGCUGAGAAGCGGCUCAUCCUCCAGCUCGCCACCUGGCCUCAGGACCAGGUAGGUCAGCAGGUCGGAAAGCGACACCACUCCGAUCACCUUAUCCUCGUCGUCCACGAUCACCAGUCGAUGCACCUGCAGUUCGGAUAACGUUAGGCGGGACAAAAUUGAACAGAUUAUAAAAAACUGCAUGCAUAAAAACAAAAUGUCUAACAUUCUGACAAGGAAACUGUUAGGAUUCUAAAAUUUCGUAAUUAUCGAUUUCAUAAUGUAAACAAACUUUCGCGGAUAAAAUUUUUGGUUUGAAUUUUUCGUUUUUACGGUGCUUUAAAAACUACAAAUAUUUAUAGAAUUUGAUUUUAAAUUACGAAUUUUAUUCAAUUUAGGUGGAUUUUGGUCUAAAAACCACAUCUGAAGAAAAUUAUUGAUUGAUAAGUCUUUCAUGGCAGUCUGAAAAGUUCUGUCUGAUACUGCUGAUAAAAAUCUAACAAAUUUAAAAA